GAACUUUUACCUCUACAUCUAAAAGCUUGUCGCUGCACAUAAGAUUAGUCACUCCCAACUUUUAUCUUUGUUCCGAAAUUCCGGCCCUUCAUUUCACAUUAUGGAAGAACAUAUUCUGAAGACUGAUCAAUUUGUAUAGUCAUUGUAAGUGGUAUUAAGGAAGGAAAUAUGUUUCUCUCAGGAAAAAAAAAAAAGGAAGGAAAUAUGCAUAUGUGCAAAGUGCAUAUGAAUUAUUGAUUGAUCGAAAAGUGAUGGAUCGAUCGAAAAUGAUGGUUCAAUCUGUUUCAACCUAGAUGCUCAUGAAUUUCUUCCUCAUUCAACGGUGGAUUGUUUCACAAGCAAAGCACAAUCCUCUCCUUUCAUGUUUCUAGACGCUAAAAAGAAGAAGCAUCUUCACAUUCUCCCAUAAUUCUCUUUUUAUCUCCACAAUUAAACUUUAAUCUAAUAAAGCAACAAUGAAACUGAUUGAUUGUUUGUACUGCUUUGAACAACCGUAUAUCUUAAUUCGCUCCGCUCUCAUGUUCGUAAUGGCUUCCCUAGAGGCUUCUCGUUGUAAUUAACUGUUUUUCGCGUAAAAGAAAUUAACCCUAUAUCUCAAUUGAUCUUAUUACAAAAAGAAACUUUCGAUUGUUGAUGGCAAUGAGGGAAGGCAUAAGAUCAGCUGCAGAGGCAUCUUGCAAUGGGAUCGUUCGCCGGAUGGUAAGCCUUCCGAGAAGCCUUAUGGGAGGAUUUUCGAGAGCAAUGGGGCACGGCAGACACCUUAUAGGAAUAGGAUCAGGAAGAAGAACUCAAACCCUACCAUCAAACUUUCCAAUGCAUUAUCGAGAAGAGCCUCUAAUCCUUCCAGAAGUAUCGGUCUCUUUUCUAACUAGCUUCGAGCAGCAGUAUGGCGCCAUGCAUCCAUUCUUUUACGCAUGCCGGUUUAUGGAAGCCCUAAAGAUUGCUGAGGAUGAGCACAAGUUCUUGUUCUUGUAUCUCCACUCACCGGAACACCCUUUCACACCUUCUUUCUGUAAGGAGACGCUGUCUUCAGAGGCGGUGGUGCAGUUUCUUGAUGCUAACUUUGUUUCCUGGGGAGCAAUUGCAGAUAGAGAUGAAGGUCUACAAAUGAGUGCAACUCUUCGCCCGGCUUGCUUUCCAUUCUGUGCUGUUAUAGCUCCUGUUGCUGGUGAUAACAUAGCAGUGAUGCAGCAGAUGGAAGGGCCAAUUUCCCCAACCGAGCUGGUGGGGAUUCUGCAGCGGACGCUAGAGGAACAAGGGCUGGCGUUUCGCAGUUUGAAGGCCAAGAAUGCAGAAAAAAUAAUAGCAGACCGCCGUCUGAGGGAAGAACAAGAUGCAGCAUAUCUUGCAGCUAUACAAAUAGACAAGGAAAAGGAGAGACUAAAGAAUGUACCUCCACCUGUUCGACCUCAAAAACCAGCAGAAGCCCCAAACAAAGCAAAUCAUGAGAGGCUUCAAAACCAUUCUGCCCAAAAACAGCAUGGAAAAACUAGAGAGGCUUCUAUUGAUCCUCAAGAUCCUCAGGCUGCCCGGAUACUGAUCAGAUUUCCAAAUGGCGAAAGACGAGAGCAAUGCUUCUUGUGCACAGACAAACUGCAGGCGGUUUACAGAUACAUAGAUUCAUUGGGUGUUCCUGGUAUAGGAGGAAACUACAGAUUGGUGUCAAGCUUCCCAAGAAAAGUGUAUGGAGUUGAUCAAAUGGGGAUCACACUCAAGGAUGCUGGCCUGCAUCCUAGAGCAAGCCUAUUUCUUGAACUUGUGUGACAUCAAAUUACGUUAAGUAAUUAAUUGUAUAAAAAACUUAGGCAGAUUGUUCUGAGCUAGCAAUUUCAAAUUGGCCCCAACUGUUUAAAACAUUCUACAGAAUUAUUUAAUGUUUUGAAAAUUAGACA